GAACAGGACGUGUAGUAAAGGGCGUUUGACCGCCACCGCCGUCAGAAUUAGUAUGCGGGCACAUGAUUUUCUCCACACUCCGACCACUUUCGGCUCGGUCUGAACUGCAAACUGACGGUAAGGCACGGGAAAUUUUUAGUUCAGCGUGAAGCCACUUGGUUUGACGCUCGACUACAAUUUCACGCUGCCUCUGCCGUCGCCGAUCGCUCAGUCCAUCGCAAAACGUCGGACGUCGCCAUUGUAACCGUCCGGCUGCUCUUUAAUAACAUUUCCGUUAGCCACGUGCCGUUUUCGACAAUAUUGAACAAUUUUUACUAAAAACCCAAGUGAAUAUGAUACUGAGCUAUUAAUAGUUUACUGAAGAUAUACAGAAAUUGAACGUAACUGCCGCCAUUUUAGGAGCACUCGACGAGUUCGUCAUGAUUUUCAGGUCGCCGAGUACAGGUGAGAUAGUGGCUUGGACAUCUGUGAUAGUGGUGACUGUCAGUUUGUAUGUAGAGUGUUAUAUUGAAGACUUUUGUCCAAAUUGUAUUCUCUACCAAGAUUCCGCAGAGAUCCGAUCGCAUUGUACGUACCCAUGUCAAUGUGCCAACAGGGAUCCAGUGUGCGAACCAGGCGUACCACACACUCGCGAUGGCUGCGGUUGCUGCCCUGUAUGUGCUAGACAAGAUGGAGAUCCGUGCGAUGGCAUAGCUGUGUGUGACCAAAGAAAAGGUCUGGUUUGUCAAUACGAUGACUAUUACAGCCCCGCAGGAAUUUGUCGAGUUGUGAAAGGUUUGCCGUGCACAGUUUACAACAAGACUUACGCCAAUGGGGAGACAUUCAGACUAGACUGUAGAACGCAGUGCACUUGUCAGAAUGGCACUUAUGCCUGUGCGUCACUGUGUCCCCAAGAGAACAUUUCACCCCAGGGACUUUGCAGGCAUCCCAGGCUGGUCGAUGUGCCCGGACAAUGUUGCAGGGAGUGGAUGUGUGACAACGUCAACUUGGAAAACCCUCCGAAUUGCGAAGAACAGGUCACGUCGUGGUCUGAUUGUUCGUCGCAAUGUGGUUUGGGCCUUUCGAGACGCAUGUCGAACGCUAACGAAGCGUGUAAGCCCAACAAUGAGACCAGACUGUGUCAAAUCAGACCGUGUCACUCUCCGCCCCUCGUCAGCGCUAAGUACGCCAGACACCAUCACAUCAGAAAGGGUCACGAAUGUAAGGCGACAAUUAAAUCGAUGACGCCCGUCCGGCUGAAAUUCGGUGACUGCCGUAGUCGGAAAACGUUCCACCCGAAACGAUGCGGUGCGUGUCCGCCGCAUCUCAAGUGCACGCCCGAGUUGAGCACCACGGUCAAGGUGGAAUUCCUGUGUCAGAGCCCGGUGGAAGGGCACGACAGGCUGGACGGAGCAGUCGUGGGCGACGAUCUCUGGGAUCCGGUGCACCGGCCGUUUUCGGCAACAGCCGACAAUUACAUCCACAGCGUGUACGUGGACGUCGAGUGGAUCGUCAAGUGCACUUGCCGACACCGGACGGACUGACGACGGCGUCCGUGAACCAAGCCGCCGCCGCCGGCUCAAGUAACCGCGAUUCGGCACGAUGGAGAAUUAUGAUUGGCGUCCCGGAUCUCGGCUAAGCAAUUUUCUACACGGACACGCACAACCAUCACCGACACCGCCAUGACACCAUAUCGCACCUUCAUUAUGCGCUCUACGACGUACCUAUCGGAUCGACAGCAAUUAACAAACGUUAUCAACGGCAAUUAUGCUGUUUUGAAUAAUCGCGAAAGUUUUGCUCGGCUUCCGCCGCUGUGUGUAAUUAACGACGAGCAGCACGAUAAGUAAAUAUUUAUCGGAGAGCAAAGACGACUGUGUACUCGUGUGUGGCACAGUUAGCUUUACACAGUAUUGAUUCAGCAGUUGCCUCCGACCGUUGACGACCAAUUUAACGCCGUCAUUAAUAUUUUUGAUGACGUUUACACACAUACGCACACGGGCGCCAUGAUAACAUAGUAAUCAUAAAUUUAUUAGACGAACGACAGCGCGAUAAUAAUUCAAUCAAACGGGAAAUUCGACCGUUCCGCUGUCGUGUUGCAAUUAUUGUUCGUCGGUUACAACAAUAAUAAUAAUAAUUGGAUUUCUGGGGAAUACCAAUGGAAACUCUCGUUACGAGCGGCUAAUGCCGAAAAAUCAAUCGUUUUUCAAGAGAUUUUCCAAUUAACCCGGCGAAUUCACAGUCAUUACGGUCUUUUCCCGCGGACCUUAUUCACAAGACGUUAUUGUUGUGCUCUCCGAAAGGAAAAUUCCAUUUCUACAGUGCGGAGACCUCGCCGAUCAAACGGUUUCCGCGAACAAUAAUUAGUACUCUGCCGUUUAGAUACACCGUCGGAAUCGCCUUACCACAGCAAUAAGAUGUGUUUGUACACCCUCUCGUUAUGCCGAGGGGUUGGAACGCCACACAGCUCGUUCACCGUGUACAUUGCGCCGUAAUAAUUUUUAUGCGUCUCUCCGGACGAACCCUUGUAAAUAAUUCCGAACGUCUUAGUAAUCAUAUUGUAAACACUACACGCACAUCUAUUUACACGUGCAACCAACACAUUUCAACAGGGCAGUGUGAAUUGAUCUUUUGCAUAACAAAUUUAUAGGUUUUACACACGUUUCCCGCAAGAAACGGUUUCGUUCAGAUAAACAUACACGAGUUUUACAACAUCGAUGUGUACAUUAUUUGUUACGUUCCCGAUGGAUUAUUAUAAUUACUAUUAUUAUUGUUUUCCGCGUUUGUUUGUCGGCUUUCGACCGACGCGCUCGCCUCCUCGACUGAACCCGCCUUUUAUUUUCAACAAUAUUAUCGCUAACAUUAACGCGCGCCAACAUUACACGUUUAGCGGUUUUCUCGCCGACCGUUGUAAUAUGGAAAAAAAAAAAAAAAAAAAGGGCCGUUGGUAAACACUUAUGAAAAACCCAUUCCCCUGCCGAUUCCGCGUACUGGCCCGGCAAGAUAAUGCGCAAACAAAACGUACCGUGUACAUAAUGUAGCUCGAGGGUACUCCGUACGGCUCGUGGCGACCAAAACGGAUUUAGAAUUCAUACAUGUCAUUUACGGCACAAGGGCCGGCCGAUGGGACAAAGGACAAGCAAAGAUUACCUUUUGCCGUCGAUACGUUUGUCCAGUCCCUUGUACACUGCUAUCUAAACAAUACGUAAAUACAUAAACAUGCGAGUAAAGGGUCGCCGACAGUUAGCAUUUUGUAUUCUGACCGGGCCGAUUGACGCCAGUACCUUUAAUUUAAAAUGCACAAAAUUAAAUCUAUUUUGGGCUUUUCGAUUAAUCAAAAAUUAACUCGUACGCAAAUUAAUUGCGCUUUUAUAGGAAAAAAAUUGACUGUACUAAUUGUUCGGGCCACGCGUACUUAUCGACGGUCAUUAUAAUAAUUGUAUUAUUUUUUAUUAGCCAGUAAUGUUCUGCAGGAUUACAUUGUCGUGGACAAAAAUAACCAACUAUCGAUGGUCUUUCCCGUGUAAACAAACAAAUCGAACGAAUAAUCUCUUAUCGAAUAAAACAUAAUGUUUGUUUUUCCUAUUAUUUUAACGUUUCUAAUUUAGAUUCGGAAACUCGAAAAAAAAAAAAAACAAAAUCCCAUCCGAAAAAAUCGUUUCUCCUCAAUAUCUCAGCGAAUAUCAUAAUCUAACAUAUAAACAGUCGAUGGAAUUUUUUUAUACCGAUUCUCUUUUAAACGUGCGAUACAGUGCCUUAACACUUAAAAUCACGCAUAUCUUAAUUUUAUCGGUAUAAUUUUUUUUUUUAUCGUUUCCCUACUGAGUUUGCCCGUCUAGAGAAAUUCGACAUAUCCGACCUGCGUUACCUAUUGUAUACAUAAUGAAUAAUUAAUAGUUAUUGUACAUAUAUAUUAUAAUUAAUUACUUUAUUAUUGUUAUUGUUAUGAUUGUUAACACAGCACAAAACAAUGGAUUCAGUAUAAUACAAACCCUUGUGUUUUUUCAUUGGUUCAACUAUCUGACUGUUAAAUAUCAUCUAUAUUAAGAUAUGUGUAUAAAUAAGAAUAUUAAGUAAUUUUAUUGUUUUUUUUUUCAAUAAGUGGAAAAAUCAUGUCAGUUAUAUUUUGUUUACUAUAAGAUACAACAUAAUUUGUAAUAAUUAUUCAAAAUCAAUAAAAUAUAUUUUUUUCUGACAUUAGAUAAAUCUGACAUUUUAUAAUGUUUUUAUUUUAAGGAACCAUUAAAAUGCUAUUUACCCAACUCAACCCAUUUCAAACAAAAUAUAAACAAAAAUACUACAGCCAUCUAAGAAAACAGAAAUUCAUUUCUCUACGAAAAACUCAAAGAAAAUACUAACAACAUUAAUUAUCUGAGUAAAAAAAAAAAAAAUCUAAAAA